AUGGUGUUCCUGCGUGCGUCAGCGGCUGUUCUUGCCGCGGCGGUUAUUCUUGCCCUGGCCCAGGUCCAGGGUCUGCUUGACCUUCAGAAAGUCCUCGAGCCCUAUCUCCCGGCAAAAUACCAGAGCCAGCAGGUCGCAGUUGUCCUCCCGCAAGGCACAAUUGUCGGCAAGACACUAUAUGGCGACUACCCGCAGCCCGUCGAGGCAUUCCGCGGCUUCCCCUACUCUCUGCCGCCCACCGGUCCUAGGCGAUUCAGGCCAUUGGAGCCCCUCCCGAGCUCCAACACAACAUACCAAGCGUUUGAAUAUGGCCCCAUGUGCCCUGGCAAGACUUUCCGCGGCCCUCCCAGACCGUUCGCCGAGGAUUGCUUGACCGUUAACGUGUUCCGCCCGGCUGGAGUCAACAGCUCGGCCAACCUGCCCGUCGCUCUCUAUGUCCAUGGCGGUGCCUUCAACCGAGGCUUUGCUGCCAUGCAGGAUCUGCCCUCCAUGAUCGGCUGGUCUGAAAGCCCAUUCAUCGGUGUGAGCUUCCACUACCGCAUCAGCGCCCUCGGAUUCCUGCCGUCUGCCCUGACUGAGAAGGAGGGCCUGCUCAAUCUUGGCCUCCGCGACAUGUAUUUCUUCUUCGAAUGGUUCAGGCAGAACAUUGGCGAAUUCGGCGGCAACCCUGAGGAUGUGACCGUCUUCGGGCUCAGCGCCGGCGCCCACGCCAUUGGCCACAUGAUUAUGAACACCGACGAGCCCUUCUUCCAGCGUGCCAUCAUGGAGUCUGGCGGCACCACCGCGCGUGCUGUCCACAAGCCUACCGAGAAGCUGCACGAGGACCAGUUUGAGAAGUACAUCAAGGGUGCCAACUGCGGCGACGUGCCCGAGGAGUCCGUCUUCGACUGCCUGCGCGAGCAGCCCGCCGAGGUUGUUUUCAAGGCCGCCUUCGACGUCUUCGACGAGUACAACCCGUCUCUGCGCUGGGCUUUCCAGCCCACCAUCGACGGCAAAAUCAUCAAGCGCCGGCCGACUGAAGCAUGGGAGUCCGGCAAGUGGAACAAGAUUCCCAUCCUGACCGGCUUUACCACCAACGAGGCCUCCUCUUAUGUGCCCACUACCCUCGACACUCCCGAGGAAUUUCCCGACUACUUCAAGGUCCUCCACCCGGAGCUUACCGACAAGGACAUUGCCGAGCUGGACAAGCUUUACCCGGACCCCUCCAAGGAUGAAGCCUCGCCCUAUGUCGAGUCUCGUCCCAUUUCGGUAGGCAAGCAGUACAAGCGCGCCGAAGCCGCCUACGCCCACUACGCAUAUGUCUGCCCUGUCCACGCAACCGCACUGCACGCCGGCGUCGGCCAGGACGCCCCCGUGUUCAUGUAUCACUGGGCUGCCAACGCCAGUGUGCAGAACGGCGCCAACCACGGCGACCAGAAGCCGUAUGAGGCGUACGAGAUUGCCGCCCGCACCACGCCGUUCCAUGAGAAGCUGGCGGGCGAAGUGCACGCGUACUGGACCAGCUUCAUCACCCAGAAGGGCGACCCCAACGCGUUGAAAGGCCGGGCUGCCGAUCGGCCAGAGUGGCUGCCAUACAAGAAGGGAAAGCAGGAGAAAAAGAUGAUAUUCGGUGAGGGCAAUGAUGAGCUUGCUGGUGGAACUGGAGUUGGUGUCACAAGCCAAGUGGUUGAUGACACUUGGGCCAGGAAGGAGUGUGACUGGUGGUAUUCGAAGGGUAAGAAGCUCCACCAGAAGCAUAAGAAGAUGACGAUGAUGAUGAAAACGACGUCACGGCGGCCGCCCGUCACAGCGACCACGACAGCUAGCCGCGAAGGCUCAUCAGGAGAGCAACCCAACACGGCCUCGGAAGACCGUUGUUCGACGCACCCGCUCCUCGCACACCUCAAGACGACAGCCCGGUUUCUGCUGAGCCAAUGGAUGAUCAUCGGCAUCGGCAUCGUCUGCCUGCUGGCCUACUUCUUCCCGCACGUCGCCGCGCACGGCGGCGUGAUCCGGUCCGAGUACAGCAUCCUGUACGGCGCCGUGGCCGUCAUCUUCCUGAUCUCCGGCCUGUCCAUCUCCGGCAAGAAGCUGCUCGUGCACGCCGGCAACUGGCGUCUGCACUGCCUCGUGCAGGGCGUGUCCUUCGCCCUCUGCCCCGUCACCAUGUACGCCUUCGUGCAGGCCAUCAACGCCGGCGACACGGCCGAGAAGAUCGAUCGCGUCGUGCUGGUCGGCUUCCUCCUGACGGCGUGCAUCCCCACGACCAUUGCGUCGAACGUGGUCAUGACGAGAGCGGCGGAUGGCGACGAGGCGGCAGCGCUGGUCGAGGUGCUGCUGGGGAAUGUGUUUGGCCCGGUCAUAUCGCCUGCAUUUACCGUUGCGCUGCUGCCGAAGGACGGGAGCUUCGAUAUGUGGAAGAACGUGAGCGGAGAUCUGAAUGAAAUGUACAGGAACGUGUUCAAGUUGCUGGGAUUGAGCGUAUAUCUGCCGCUUGCGAUAGGACAAUUGGUGAGGUGGAUGUGGCCAGAGGUGAUCAUGCGGGCAAUGCAGCGGUGGCGGUUGAACAAGGUCGGGACCUUUUGUUUGUUGUUAUUGAUAUGGUGA